AUGCUAAGAAACACAAAAGCCGGAGCCGAGGCCCUCACACCAGCAGCCCUCUUGCAGAAUCUCCCCAAACCCACGACAAUUACAAGCAGCAGGGCUGCAAUUGANAAAAAAAAUGAGCGCGAAGAAAAUGACUUUGUGCGUAACUGUACACAAUUAGAGAAAGAGAGAGAACCUGAGAGGGGGAGGAGAGUGAAAAGGGAUGCGGUGGGGAGAAUGAGAGGGAGAAAAGAGAGCGUGAGCUGGGUACAAAGAACAGAGAUGAAGGAGACCAAGCAGCCAAAGCACAGGUGCAAGAAUAAAGGAUCAAACACAAGAAAUACACAUUACAAGCAAGCACACGAUCGAUCAGUAUGCGAGGGUCUCGACCCCAUCCGUGUUGUGCUGGCCGUUGCCCUGAAAAGUCUUGACGGUCGCGAAUCCCUUGGCGUUGACGAACUUUCCGGUGCCCCCCAUGAUGGCCAGGUGCGACUCGGCCACUGCCGUGCGAUGGACCCCAAAGAGGCUAAGGCUGUCGGCGUAGCUCCCGCUUGCAAACAUGACGGUGAACGCCAUGGUCAGGCUGCUCCCGUCCUCCGAGCUGGCCACGUAGAACCCCUGCGCCUUGCCGACGAGCCCCGACUCGAGGUCUCGGCCCUCGGUCAGCUCGUCGUCGAACACGGUCAUGGUCCCGAACAUGAGCUUUUGGAGGGUGGUCCCGGUCGAGAACUGGGCGCUGGGAUGGUGGGCCCCAUCGCCGCCCUCCGGGACGGAGGAGGAGCCGUCGGUGGCAGAGGUGGGGCCGGCGACGGCAUCCUCCCCAUCGAUGGAGGAGCCGCCUCCAGGGGCGAUGGCACCCUCCUCGUCAAUGGGGGAGCCGCCGCCAACGGAGGUGGGGCCGGCGGCGGCAUCCUCCCUGCCUCCGAGGGCAGUAGUGGAGGGGGCAGUGACGGCCUCCCCGUCAAUGGAGGAGCCGCCUCCGGGGACGGUGGCGGAGGUGGCGGCAGCGGGAUUCUCCUCGUCGAGGAGGAUACGGGCGGGGGAGGCGGAGGAGAGGAGGAGGAGGAAGAGGGAGAGGAAGGAGAGGAGGCCAUUGAGUUUAUGGUGGGAGGCCAUGAUUGUUGUUUGUGUUUUGGGAAUGUGUUUUUGGAGAAGGGAGUAGCUAGCGAUGAUUGUUUGUUAACAAAUGUGAGGGGGUUGAGUUAG